GCCCGCAGAUUGCGGAACGGGCGGCGCCGGCUGAGGCGGUUGGAGGUUUUCCCUCUUCCCCGGGAUGUGGAAGCUGGUGUCGGCGGCAGGGCCCGCGCCUGCCCCAGGAGAGCCAUAUCGACUUUUGGUUGGUACUGAGUAUGUUGUUGGACGCAAGAACUGUGCAAUUUUAAUUCAGGAUGAUCAGUCAAUCAGUCGAAGUCAUGCAGUUCUGACUGUCACCCACCCUGAAACUAACCUUAGUCAAGCUCUCUCAGUCCCUGAAUUGAUAAUACAAGACACCUCUAAGUAUGGUACCUUUGUUAAUGGAGAAAAAGUUUUGAAUGGUACUUCCAGAACUCUGAAAUCUGGUGAUAGAGUCAAUUUUGGAGUCUUUGAAAGCAAAUUCAGAGUAGAAUAUGAACCUUUGAUUGUCUGCUCCUCGUGUUUAGAGGCUUCUGGGAAAACUGCUCUAAAUCAAGCUAUUCUGCAGCUUGGAGGCCUUGUUGUGAAUGAUUGGUCAGAAGAAUGUACUCAUCUUGUCAUGUUAUCAGUGAAAGUUACUGUUAAGACUAUAUGUGCUUUGAUUUGCAAUCGACCAAUUAUAAAGCCAGAGUACUUUGUGGAAUGUAUCAAAGCCAUUCAAUCCAAGCAGCAGUUGCCAAAACUGGAAAGUUUUUAUCCUCCAGUUGAUGAGCCUGCUAUUGGCCCUGAAAAAUUGGAUCUGUCUAUGCGUCAUGAAAGAAAAAUUAUCUUCAGAGGCAAAACCUUUCUGUUCCUAAGUGCUAAACAGCAUAAGAAACUGAGUCCAGCUAUUAUUCUUGGAGGGGGAGAAGCAAAACUGUUGCCAGAGAGAAUAAAAGAAACUUCUUUACUUGUAGCUCCUGAAGUUUGUGUCAUUGAUGCAGGAUUAACUAACUCGCAGGUCCCAGUGUCUGACUCAGUGAGAAAUUGGAUUGAUUCCAUUAUCACCAUGUUACAAAGCAAGAAUCUCAGAGCCAUUCCAGAAGCAGAAAUUGGAUUAGCAGUUAUCUUCAUGUCUAUGGAAAGAUAUUGCAACCCUCAAAACCAGCCUGGCAUAGCUAAACAGCCAGUUAGUCCAGGAUCAGCUAUUCUGCAUCCAACGCUUUCUCAGAGUUCGUCUGUACAUGAGACCAUAAUGCCUGUUACUACAAGUGAUAACAGAGCAUAUGUAGCUGACACAGAACCAGAAGAACUGAUGGACACGUGUAUGGAGAUAAGCGGAGAGGAGAGAGAGAAAACUCCCAAAAUGGAUCAAAGAGACAAAGUGUAUUCACAGAAUAUAACUACUGUAAAGGAGACUCCCAGCACUAGUGGCAGUGUAAAUACAGGGACAAUAUUACCCAGGAUGCAUAGAAUGCUUGGGGCUGACCAAAAGAAUCAACCCCUCUCACCCUCUAAAAUUUUAGGAGUUAAUAGAAAUAGAGAGAGAGCUUCACAGCAAGAGUCUAACUCCAUUAAAAAUUAUUUCCAGGCAGCUCCAAAGAAAAGGGAAAGGAUUGAAGAGGGAGAAACAUCUGUACCGAAACUGGCAAAGAUGGAUAAAAAGUCAUCUAAUCUUUCCAGUCAAACCCAACCCACAACUUCCUUGAUGUGGAAAAGUAAAGUGGAAGAGACUCAAAAGGAACAAUGUAACUUGGACUUGAAAACAAACCUUUUGCCUGUAGAUACAAGCCUAAAGCUUGCAAUAGAAACUAGCAAAUCAGAGAAAGAAAAAACUGUUACUAAAAAUGUUUCCAGUGAAAAGCCUGCAUCAAAGAAGAGAAAAGAGUUAGAUGAUUUAGUUGAGGAUGCGGCUACGCUAGAGCUUGUGUUUGGGAGCAAAGAGCUGGAUUGGGAAGUUGACGUGGGGGAUCGCGGUGAGGAGCAUGGAACCAAUAUGCAGAAAAAAAGACGUUUGGAAACCAAGGGGGAAAGGAUUGAAGAAGAAAAUGUAAUUCAAGAGGAAGCCAAUAGGAUAUUGCAAGAAAAUGAACCUGGUGCUGUUCCAACUACAAAGAAGAAAAUUGAGAUUAAGCAAGAAUCAUCAGUUUUGAACACUGACGGACUUCAAGAUGUCUCCAGCAAUCUGCCCAGCAGACUUUUGUUGACUGAAUUUAGAUCACUGAUUGUUAGUCAUCCAAGGCCAAAUAGUCUUGUUGCUGCACAAAUCAGUUAUAAGCAACUGAACAACUUUAAGAAAUUCAAAAAGGUACCUUAUCCUGGAGCAGGACAACUUCCACACAUUAUUGGAGGAUCAGAUCUGAUAGGUCACCAUGCCAAAAAGAAUUCACAGUUGGAAGAAUGGUUAAGGCAGGAAAUGGAGGAACAGAAUCGGCAUGCAAGAGAGGAAUCACUCGCUGAUGAUCUCUUUAGAUACGAUCCUAAUGUGAAAAGGAGAAGAUAAAUUCUCUUGAAUUUACAAUGAACCUACAGCAAAAUCAUCUUGACAUCAUGGUUGCUGGUUCCAGUGUACAAUAUAUAUGGGAGGUUUAAAUUUUCUUCUUGUAACAAUUGUUUUAAGUCCUGCUUUUAUUAAAGGAAAACGGAAUCAGUUUUACGUUG